AUGACUAAGGAGUCGUCUGUUUUCUUCCCCGAAGAAAUGCAGCACAUCCAAUUGGUCGUGCCGUACGAAAGUGCAGGUGCUACAAUUAGAUUGCUUGCUGAAAAAGACUUGAUUCACCUGAUUGACGAAAAUACAGGCAAUGACUCAGUAAACAAGCGUUACACAGAGAGCUACAUCCACUGCGAAGAAGCAGAAAGAUGUCUCAAUUUUAUUGGUAACCAAUUGGAGCAAUAUGAUCUUUUGCCACCUCCAAUCACAUUGGCCUCCUUCAAUGAACAGGCACAAAACAGGGACAUCUCAGAGAACGAGCUUCGCCAGCAGAUCAUUGAAGCUGAUACAUCCCUCCAUGAGCGUAUCACACGCACACAACACCUCGAAGCUCAAUUACAGACAGCUGAACACACAUUAGCCGCCCUCCGCUUCUACAGACCACUUCUUCAGGAAAGGAGAAAUGCAAUCCAGGGUGGAGAAUCCGAUGGUGAGAGAUCUUCUGCCUUCGAAAUGGAACUUAUUGGCGGAUCAAGCUUUCUCUUCUCAAUCACCGGUGUUAUCGAUUCAUCGAAGCUCCGCAGACUCCUCUACACAUUCUACCGUAUUUCAAGAGGCAACGUUUUCUCUUCUUCCGAUAUUUCCACAUUUGAUGACCAGAAGUCUUUCUUCACAAUCUGGUUCCCAACAGAAUCAAUCCUCAGAAAGCUCAUGAACAUUGCACAGUCAUAUGGCGCAGAAGUCUUUGAAUUCCCUGCUGAAGAUUCAAAUCUCGACAAGCUCGAGAACGAGUUGACAAAUCAGAUCUACGAAAGCAAGAGUGUCCUUAGACAAUCUUAUGGCGAUAACAAGAACUUCCUUCUUCAACAACAACAAACAUAUUGGUUCAAUCGCCUCUUCUACAUCCGCGAGAAGCAAAUCUACCAGUACCUCGACUUUGCCGACUUCAAGACCAUUGAAGAUCGCGCUAUCUACAAAGGCUGGAUCGCUAAACGCCGUGUCGCAGAAAUCCAACCACUUGUUGAUCAAGCCCAAGAGAUUUCUGGCUGCGCUAUCCACACAACAGUCGAAUUCGAUUCAGUUACAGAGACUCCUCCAACAUAUGUCGAAACCAAUUCAUUUACUUACGCUUUCCAGCUCUUCAACGAUUCAUACGGUGUUGCCUGCCACAACGAAGUCAAUGGCGGUGCUUUCUACUGCAUGUAUCCAUUCCUUUUCGGUAUUAUGUUCGGAGAUAUGGGACAUUCUCUUCUUUACCUCAUCAUUGCCAUUUCUCUUCUUUUAAUUUCACCAAAGCUUCGUGCCGCUGGUGGCGAAACCAACGACAUGAUUCUUAAUUUCAGAUGGUUCUUGUUCUUCAUGUCAAUUUGCGCUUUCUACUGUGGAUUUGUAUACAACGAAUGCUUCGGUCUUCCAAUCGACUUCUUCGGCUCAUCUUACGUCGAAGGAACGAAGGAAGGAAAGAAAGUAUGGACACAGAAGCCAAACAAGGUCUAUCCAUUCGGUGUCGACCCAGUUUGGAUGUUCAAAGAUAACGAACUUACAUUUACAAACUCCCUUAAGAUGAAACUUGCCAUCAUUAUGGGAUUUUGCCAAAUGGCCUUUGGUAUGGUUCUCCAAUUCAUCAAGCAUUACCACCGCCGUGACUGGCUCGAACUCUGCCUCUCAUGGCUCCCACAGAUGCUUUACAUGUUCUCAUUUUUCGGUUACAUGGUCUUCCUCAUUAUCUUCAAAUGGUGCUCCCACCAUACUCCUGGCGAAGAUGGUGUCAACCUCAUCCAGGUUUUGAUCGGAAUGCUUCUCAGCGCCGGUGAUAAAAUCGACAAAGGAUCUGAAUCUUACCUUUACCCACACCAGAAAACUGUACAGAAUGUCAUUGCUCUUAUUUUCAUCAUUACAAUCCCAGUUCUUUUGUUCGCUAAGCCAAUUGUCGAAAUUGUCUGCCACAAAGGAAAAGCACACGGCGGAGUCAUGGAAAUCUUCGUUAUGAACCUCAUCGAUGUCAUUGAGUUCUGCCUUUCAAUGCUUUCACACACAGCUUCUUAUCUUCGUCUCUGGGCUCUUUCUCUCGCUCACUCUCAGCUUUCUCACGUUUUGUACGAACAGAUCUUCAUUUUGACACUCAAACAGUACAAUCCAGCUCUUUUCUUCUGUGGCUGGGCUGCUUUUGCUGUCGGAACUGUCGUAAUUUUGCUUGGUAUGGAGUGUUUCUCUUCCCUCCUUCACGCAAUUCGUCUCAUGUGGGUCGAGUUCUCUUCAAAGUUCUACACAGGCCAGGGUUACGAGUUCAAGCCACUCUCUUUCAAAGCUGCUGCUUACAAGAUUGGCAGCAAAUAA